CGAUAGUGAGUUCACCCAACAAUAUAUGUAACUAGAAAAAUAAUACUGCAGACAAUUCAAAUUCAUCCUGUAGUGUAUUAGCCACUUUGUACCCACAGAAGUAGAACGUUCAAAAUUUGUGUGCGGAAAUGGUUAGGAGGUUGUGGAGAGGUCAGAGUGCAAAGGCUAUUCACCCAGGAUUCUCGAUUGUGGAAUACUGAAUACACAGCCAUCUUGGAUCUAGCUACGAGGAGAAGGGAAAUUAAUGCGGUGACAAACGGCAUGUUCAGUGCUACGAGAAAGAAGUUUGUAGAGGGGGUGGAAAGUGACUACCCUGAUGAGAACAUGUACUACAGCCAGCCGUCCAUGUACCCACAUCGGUCGGACAAAGACGUAAGUGCUCUGUCUGCUCGAUCGCACAUCCCUACUACAGCUCCCUUUGAACUUGAAAUGCUCUCGUCUCCCUCACCGUCGUCAUCAGGUCAACUAUCCCAGCUUGGGGCCAGUUUAUAUGGCCCACAGAGUGCACUAGGCUUCUCGAUAAGGGGCAUGGGCAACAACACGCCACAGUUAAACCGCGGCUUAACGCAAGGCACUCCGCUACCGAGCCAUAUCACCCCCACCACUGGGGUACCCACCAUGUCCCUCCAUACCCCACCCUCGCCAAGCAGGGGGAUCCUGCCGAUGAACUCGAGGAACAUGCUGAACCACUCCCAGGUGGGCCAGGGCAUCGGGAUGGGCGGCGGCAGGACCAACAGCAUGGGCAGCUCAGGGCUAGGCAGCCCCAACCGCAGCCCCCCCAGCAUUAUCUGUAUGCCCAAACAGCAGCCUGCACGGCAGCCCUUCACCAUCAACAGCAUGUCGGGAUUCGGGAUGAACCGGAACCAGGCGUUUGGGAUGAACAACUCGUUAUCAAGCAACAUCUUCAAUGGCACAGUCUUUAACCUGCCCCUCACAGACGGCAGUGAAAACGUGACGGGGCUAGACCUGUCUGACUUCCCUGCGUUAGCAGAGAGGAGUCGGAGGGAAGGAAGCGCAAACCCAACACCGCUACUCAACCCACUAGCUGGAAGGGCCCCCUAUGAAGCCUCUUCUCUUCAUCUCAUGACCUCAUCAGUUGGCAUGGUGACGAAGCCAUCGAACGAGCCGACGCAGGAUUUCUCCAUCCACAACGAGGACUUCCCUGCACUGCCUGGUCCCAACUACAAGGACCCCACGUUGAGCAACGAUGACAGCAAAACAAACCUAAACUCUACAGGCAAGAGCACGUCCAGUGCAGACGGUCCUAAGUUCCCCGGAGACAAGACGAGCUCAGCUCAGAACAACAGCCAGAAGAAAGGGAUCCAGGUGUUACCUGACGAUUUCCCCACAUCUGUAGGGCGGGUGACGAACAUUCCCGGGGGAAUGGUGACGGACCAGUUUGGGAUGAUUGGCUUGCUGACGUUUAUCCGAGCAGCGGAGACGGACCCGGGCAUGGUGCACUUGGCACUGGGUAGUGACCUCACAACGCUUGGACUCAACCUCAACUCUCCAGAAAACCUGUACCCCAAGUUUGCCUCCCCCUGGGCAUCAGCACCGUGUCGACCUCAAGACAUUGACUUCCACGUCCCCUCUGAGUACUUAACCAACAUCCACAUAAGGGACAAGCUGGCAGCUAUUAAACUGGCGCGGUACGGUGAAGACCUGCUGUUCUAUCUGUACUACAUGAACGGAGGAGACCUGCUACAGCUCCUGGCAGCAGUAGAGCUCUUUAACCGGGAUUGGCGGUACCACAAAGAGGAGCGGGUGUGGAUCACGCGGGCGCCGGGCAUGGAGCCCACACUAAAGACCAACACCUAUGAGAGGGGGACCUACUACUUCUUUGAUUGUCUUAACUGGAGGAAGGUAGCCAAGGUAAAGGAGUUCCACCUGGAGUACGAAAAGCUAGAAGAGAGGCCCCACGUCCCAUCUACCUUCAACUACAACCCAGCUCAGCAGGCCUUCUGAGGCCUAGUACAGUCCCAGGGGGACCGCUGUCCCUGCAUACCUUCCUCCCAGCCUGAAGAGGAUGGUGCGCUGCGGCCCAGGCGUCCAUCCUGGUUUUUAUUCCUUGAGGAUCUGGCUAAAAUGACUUCAGAGAAGGCGCUCACCACCGCGUAAGGGUGGGGAAAAUUGAGCCCUGCCUUUCCCAAAUUAUGUGCUGCCCAAACACCUCCACUUGUUCUGUUUUUAUUCCUUUCGUUUCAUCGUUUUUGUUUUGUUUUUGACCAGGGUCUGUGUUUUGUUUACGUCUCUGAAUCAGAAGCCUGUUUGGUCCAAGGUAGGAAAACGGACAAUACCGACACACUUUACAGUGACAGAACAAGGGUUAUGCCUCAUCUCCCCCCCACCCCCCAAGUGUUAAGAACAGAGAAAGGUGGGGAAGGCUAAGCCAACAAGUACCAUCCCACACGUGAGAACGAAAGGGCGGAAGAAGUGCAAUGUUCAUUGUUGCAUUAUUUAGUAAUAAAAGAACACAAAUAUUGUUUGUGCUUUUUUUUUAAAUGUGAAAACACUCCCUCAUAUUUUGUUUUGGAUAGAUAAGUAGCCUGUCUACAAAUGUCUCUCCACUUCUUUCUCUCCAUCUCUCCUCUUGUACAUUCCCUCUUUUCUUCUCCACCGGCCCCACAUCCCUUUCUUUCCUUCCUUUUGACUGGUAUUUUCUGUCUGGCUUCAAUAUACAAAUCAGAGACUGUUUUAGUGAAGUGUUGUUAGAUUACCUACCCAGCUUCAUUGUUCCAGAGCGAGCAAAACACUUUCCAGUCUUUGUUACGAUUUUGUAAACGUGUACAUUUUUUAAAAAACAUUUUGAACAUCACAUGAAUAAAGAUAUAUAUGUACGAAUGUGUAUAUAUAUGUAUGUGUAUACAUAUAUAUAUGGCAUCUAUUUUGGAGGAAAAAAUUGCCCUGCCUUGUACCUCAUCUUUAGGAGGUCAGCAUGGAGUACAAUAUGUAGAUAAAACAGGACAUUUCUGGAUCUGCUGGACAGGGCAUCAUACUCGGCACUGUGGGCACUUACGAAGAAAUACAAAUUAAAAAGACAAACAAGGAAAGGCCUGAUUCUCAGGAAAAACAAGGACAUCCACCCCUAAAGUCCAAAGCAAGAGGACAGAUGGACACAUUUCACUCAAAGCUGUUUAAACAGCAGCCUUUCAUAAGAAAAGGAAAAAUGAAUAAUAAUUUGAAGGGGAAAAAAUCAUACAGACCAAUCUUGUAUUUUCUGACGUUCAAAGCUUCUUUUUAAUAAAGCAAAAAAGGCUUUCCUGAA